GUGGGGGCCUUAGUUGAUGCAGUGAUUUCAAAUUGAUUGGGUGUGUUGGAUAGCUGCAGAGUUUUGCGGCAUUGUUUUUUCUCGGAUUUUUUUUUGCCUUCGUUUAAGUAUCUGACGGAUAUAACGCCAAGUGAAUAAUGCAACAGUAACUGAUAAACACAAAAAAAGAGACGCAUAAAAAAAGAAAACAAAGAAAGAAACAAAAUAGCAAAACUAUAAAAAAACACAAAAUUAAAUUUGCAUUAAUUAAACUGGAAUACAAAAAAAGAAUUGCAAAAACAAGAAAAAUAAUAAAAACAAAAAACUGGAAGCAAUAAUAUUUAUUAAACAAUUUUGUGAUAUCUACAACAAAAACAACAAAGGCGAUUGUGUAAUCAAAAAUAUUUUUAAUCCAAAAAACCAAAACAAGCCGUUCCACAACUUGUUUUUGCCUAUCACCAAACUGGAUAAUUGGCAAGAACUGAAAUAGAAACGACUGGAUUGAAAGCAAAAAAACUACCAAGAACAACAACAACAUGCAGGCAAUCAAGUGUGUCGUAGUUGGCGAUGGUGCUGUGGGUAAAACUUGCCUCUUGAUCAGCUACACUACCAAUGCCUUCCCCGGCGAAUACAUACCCACCGUGUUCGACAACUACUCGGCCAAUGUGAUGGUCGAUGCCAAGCCCAUUAAUUUGGGUCUCUGGGAUACAGCUGGCCAGGAAGAUUAUGAUCGUCUGCGUCCCCUCUCCUAUCCCCAGACAGAUGUGUUCCUCAUUUGUUUCUCCCUAGUAAACCCGGCCUCAUUUGAAAAUGUACGUGCCAAGUGGUAUCCUGAGGUGCGUCACCACUGCCCCAAUGUACCCAUAAUUUUGGUGGGCACCAAGCUCGAUUUGCGUGACGAUAAGGCCACCAUUGAAAAGUUGAAGGAUAAAAAACUAACACCCAUCACCUAUCCUCAAGGUUUGGCCAUGGCCAAAGAAAUUGGUGCUGUCAAAUAUUUGGAAUGUUCAGCCCUGACCCAAAAGGGUCUCAAAACAGUAUUCGAUGAAGCCAUACGUUCGGUACUGUGUCCAGUGAUGAGGGCCCCCAAAAAGCGCAGAUGUGCAAUUCUUUAAAACUAAUGCCGGAGGAGACAGAGAAGGGCAAGGGGACGCCAAAAAACGAGAAGAAUUUCUAAAUUAAUUUAUUAACCUAACGAACGAAGAGCAGAAGGAAGAAAAUGAAGAAAUUGUAUUCUAGAACGAUAUGACGAAGUGCAAACGACAAUAAUCAACAACAACAACAACACUAUGGAAUCAAGUUCAUAAAAUGAAUGGAAAUGAAAACAAGAAAAUCUCUUCCAAAACUAUCUGUAGUCAAGAACAAAGGAAGUUCAGAACUUCCUCUGGAUAGAAUAACAAAGCAAAACCAGCGGGAAAAUCUCUCACCCCCAAAAUGGGUUGGGGGAGGCCUCAACACAAGAAGAAAGAAAAUGCAAUUAUUAUUUUUUUCUAAUUUAUAAGUUUUAAACAAAUACCUAUUAUUGUAUAAUGUAAUAAAAAAACAUUGCCGACAAUAACAAUUAAAUGUGACAAAAACAAAACAAACAAAUACUGCUGUUAUUAUUAAUUAAUAAUUUUUUUUAUAUUAAAAUAAUACUAUCUAAAAAAACCAAGUAAUUUAACUUAAUAUAUAUUUUUUCUAUUUAAAACUAAAAAACAAAAAACGAAACCGAGCUAAACUCAUCUGCAGAAAUGAGCAAUUGUUUUGUUGAUGUAUUUUUUUUUUUAUUUUUAUAAUUUUUGUUUUUAUUUUGAAGUGUAUUUUGGAUCAUAUGAAGGUCUAUCUGAAAUUAUGUAUUUAUGUAUGUAAUAAAUUUAAGUGUAUAAUAUAUAUACCUAUUUCUAUAAAUUGUAUAUACAA